AUGAAGUGGGUGACUGCGAUAAUAGCGCUUUCACUCUUAUCGUUGUUUUCUAACGCUACAAACAGUGCUAAUCUGGACGGUAAGGUUUUUUUCUCCCUUUGACAAACAUUUUUCUCUUUCUUACAGCCUUGAAGGUUAUGACUUUGGACUUAGUAAUAGGAACAACGGCUUAACUUGCUGCUCAACCGGUUUACAAUGUUUCGAAGGGAUUCGCUUAGUUUUCGUUGCUGUCGGGUAAAGAGGUUGGAAAUUUUUGCAAAACACAUUCUUAUGAAAAAUACUUCAAAUCAACUUCCGCAGAUCAAAUGUUUCUAGGUCCUAUGGUUACUGCGCGCGUGGUUUUAAGUUCAUUUCUAAGUUUUGCGCGCUUUACAAAAGGUUUUAAACUGAAAAGUUGCGAUAAUUCCUUUUAAGUUUCUUUCAAAAUAAACGCACCUUCAUCAUUUUAAAGAAUCGACAAGUACACGAGAAUGAAAGAAAUUCAACAUGAUUUAACAAUGCAUGGAAAUUUAUAAAACAUAUUUAUUUUUGGCAGAGAUCUAUUCAUUUUUUUUUUUUUCAAUCUGCUUUUUUUUCAAUGUUACCGUACAAGUCAUUACAUGGACAUACGCUACGUCACUUUACGCUACACUGCUACAAUUCACUAUUGUACCAAAUUACUUAUUUUUUUCAUGCGUAGGAACGUUUACUCGAGUCAGUGAGAGGCAAGAGCCGAAUGAUUUCAACAAACACAAGAUGAUGAUGAUGACUGGAAAAUGGGACAACAAGGUUUGCCGAAAUUUAGAUUUUUAAGGCAUACUUAUUGUUGGCUUCUCAGAAAUGCAGUUCCAAAAAAUAUCCCAUUUGUAAUUUGAAACCUUGUCUCGCGGAAAAGACGCACAACUCUUGCAGCGUCUUUCACCAACCAGGAAGUAUAAAUAGGUACCAGCGAUUCAUGCGUCGUUAGUGAAACCUGGAAAAUCCAGCUGCGUGGACCAAUAUAUUAGUCCUUGCAGCAUUAUAAUAAAAUUUUAAAAAAAUCUUCAGAGUUAAACAUUUUCAGCCAUUUCGAUAUGAAGGUUUUUUUGUCUUGAACAACAGAUUGCGGUUAAGAUACAAAUUCCCUCCAUGGAUGUUGAACUGAAGUUGAUUUACGAAAAGAAUUCCAUUGAAGUUAACAGCAAAGCGUAUGGCUACACCAGACCUAAACAUUCAAAGGUAUUAGAUUUGAUGGUUCGUUUUAUCUUCCGUUUACCGUUCAUGCUUUUAUGUUUUAAAGUACUAAGCUAACCGGACUACUUUCCCGUAUUUCACAUGGCCAAUAACUUCUCUAAAUCAUCAUUGUCAGAUCUUCAAGUGCAAGGAAAUCCCUGAGUAUCUCAGAAACACCACGUGCUCUGACUAUGAUGUUUUCGAGAUUACAAAUCCUGGAUUGAUAUCUCGGAUGUGGAACUUUACAGUGUCGGCAAUGACCCAGGUGCAUGACGGUACGUUGGAAAUGACCUCAGGGAUUUGGAAGAAAUGCAUUAUGGUCUCAAGGGUAGUGAUUGGAAAAGUAUGGUAUGGACUUCAGUACACCUGGAUUGGAACGGUUAAUUGGACUCGGGAGAAAUUUGAAUGGUUCUCAGACUUGACGUGGAAUGGAGCAAAGCGCUGGGUUGGAAAAUUGUUAUGGAACUGUACGGAAUGGUUGGCUUGGGUUUUAUGGAAUGGACUUGGAGGGUUGGCUGAGAAGAUUUGGAAUGGACUUCAGUGCUUAGCGGAUUUUACAAUGACUGCGACAUAUUUAUUUGCCGAGAUGGUCCAAAAUAAGUCAGCUGAGCUGAUCCAGAUGGUGAUUUACGGAGUGACGUGGAUUGUUGAACCAUUUGUGCCUGUCUUCUGUUAUAUCGCUGAUGUUGCGGUUGAUUUAUACUUUGAUUUCCUACACGGUAAGUUAACUCUGCUCAGAAUCGAAUUUUCACUUCACAAGUUGGCCUGGCAGCAGAGAGAGAGAGAGAGAGAUCAUUUCACUUCUCACUUUCGGCUGAGCUGGAUUUAUCAUUAUUAUCUAUAAUCAGCUAUUUCCUUUUACACGGGCCAUACGAUACAAUUUAUAAAGGAUGACUCAAUUUCUUUUUAUUUCUGCAGCUGCACAAUUUCAUACCACAAUUAUUACAUUCGAUUUAAAGAAAAAGAGCGGUUACUAGUUUCUGGACACUUUUUUUUGUUCACUAUCCAUGACAUUAGUUUUUUUUUUCCAACAGAUCAUGUGAAACAAAUUCAAACUCGGUUUGAUUUCGUUUACUGGCAAGAUGGCGUCUACGCUUUCUCCGCUGGUUUAGUCGUCAAUGUUUCUCUUUUGGCUGCUGCUUUUCUCGUUUACCGGUUAUGUGUGCGAACUGUGAAAUUCAUCGGACGGAAAUGGUAAGUUAUAUCCUGCGAAAUAACUGUUUUUAAAAAAUUAAUAACUCUUUAACCCCUGAGAGUGGCUGGCGUCUAAUUUCUCCUCACAAUAUCAGCCUUAAAUCAAACAGAAAGGUUAUGAGAAUAAAGGAAAUGAUCACUCAUUUCAGAAACCCCUUGUUGUCAAUCAAAAAUACUCCUUGUCAGUACCAUAGCAAAUUUAAAGAGAACCGUGCGGAAAUAUGAAUACUAAUGUUAUGGUGUAAAGGGUUAAGAUUAUUUUGUUUGAAAUCAGUAGCCAAACGAGCGAGGUCUCUCUAAUAGAUAAUAAGUUCCCAUGAGUCAGCUGCCAUCCCGUGAUAUUUGGAGUAAAUUUUCUGGCGCGAAAAUUGCCUUCAAUCUAAUGCCGUCUGCAAGAGAGUAGAAAGCACAAAAAAUGAUACAAAAAGUACUGGAAUGUAUAAGAUAAAAACGAAUUGAAAAUUACGACUUAGAAAUAUAGCGGAAGAUUUUUUAAGAUGUGUAUUACACUGAGUAGCUCCUACAACUGUGUCAAAUAUCAUGAUUUGCAAGGGAUUCGACCCCAAUUAAAUGUAGCUCAAAUUUGUUAGCAAUGAGUAGAAAUUCUGCUGUUAUCGCGAAGCUACACAGAGGUAAAAACAGAGCCUUUGAAUUGUUGUCACCUGUUCCCUUUUGGAUCAAAAGUCCAUCCAUUGCGCGCAUGCGUCAGAUUUACGGUUGAUAGACACUGGUUCAAUAUUGAACUGAAUUAAUGAGGAAAUCUGACUUCAAUAAGCAUUCCUUAUUCUAUGCUUGUCAUUUCUUGCAGGAAAGAGUACAAAGACAGAAAGGCUGCUGCUAAUAUGCCACCCAAACCACAGAAACCAAUUUGGCAGCCGAAACGAAAGCACAAGAAAAAGAAGAGAAUUGACGACUGGUAG